UCUGGUACUGUACAUGCUGCUUCCCUGAAAUAGCCUCUUUGUGUGUGGCUUUGUCUUACUUUUCAAAAGCAUAUCAGUAGUUCUAGUGUGGUUUGGUUCUGAUUUUGAAAACUCUUAAAAUUGAAACACUAUUACAAAUGCUAAAUGGUUAAAAGAAACAAGUAGCAAUGGAAAGCAGACAAGUAAAAUCAAAGCAAAAAGCUUUUACGAGUUUCCAAUAUCGUUUCGCGGUUAAUGCCAUCGCUUAUUUCUCCCGGUAUGUACACAAAAUCUGGACUUGUUUUCUACUACAACACAAGAGGCUACAAUAAAGAACACAACUACACAACGAUAAAUGUAGAUCAAAAUAUUCUACAGAAUGUUUCCCCGCGAGAGAUGGAGAAGUGAAGCGGGUCGCUCAGCAUUCCGUCUUCAGUCAGAAGUGCAAUAUACUGGCAGAGGACCCGUUAGAUUAACUCAGCUUCCUCGUCACCUACUUAGAAACAUUCCAGAAGGAAACGAUGUUGUGGAUAUCAUCUUCACUAUGGACAGGCUCAGUGUCCAACAUUUGGGGGAUAAGAAUGCCAUCUCUGACCCCAACAGUGAUGAAUCAUUUAUUGAGCUGAAGAAAGUCCUCAACAUGCUCAUGAGCUUUGAGCCACGUAGAGCUCCUGGCAAUGAUGCACCCACCACAGAUGAGAGCCAAGACAAGUUUGCACGCAGUUUUACAGAGUUGGGAGGGGUGAAGAUACUGGUACGCUUUCUUAUGUCAGGCACUCUAAUUCCACGGUCAGCCCUCACCAGGGCGGAGAAAAAAUCUGUAAUAUCAGAAUCUGCAAGAACUCUGAGAUUGAAAAGUUUGAUUCUUGAAAUUCUGAUCAAACUGAACACAGUGUAUGAUGGUAAGAAACCCAUCUCCAAAGAGCUUUCCUGUGAUGAGACAAUGAACUACCUGUUUACUUUAUUAGCAAGCAAGAAGACAUUUGUGAAUGCAUGUCAACUUGUGGAGGACAUUUUGCAACACAGAAGAGAGGUCCUAGACUUGCACAGCAUUGCUAACUUACGAACUCUUGUCGGAUGCCUAGAUGAUUCUCAACUUGCCAACUUCUGUCGGAUAUUAGCAGUGGCCAUUUCAGACUUGGACAUUUAUGAAAACAAAUCUUCCCUUUUUGCACAAAAUAAACAGAAAAGAAGCAAAGGGUUUGUGAAUGUACGAGACAUCAAUCAAGAGCUACUAUUAAGUAUACCAGAAUUGUUGCCUCGACUUGUACAGAUUGCGAUCAAUAAAGAAUACACUCCACGAUACAGAGGCAUGCCCAGUGAAUUGGACUGCUGGAUGGAGUGGAUUGACAACCAAAUGGCAGAUGAAGUAUAUGAACCUCAAGCAGCUGAUGAUUUCGAUGACUUUAUCGGAGGUGUAUCGGAGCCAACAUCAGACGGCAGCCCUAUGGUGGCCCAGCAAGCUCUCACCAUCACAGAAGAACUGGUGCAGAGGGUGGAAGUUGUCUAUGUACUCGGGUUAUUCUUACUUGGCAAACAUAGGAAAAAGGUGCAAAGAAAACUUGCAGAGUUGAAACUUGCUUCCGGUUUGAGUGAGCUCUUUGACCAGUUCAUCUGGAAGUGCCAAGUGAGCCGUUCUCAAACAAGAAACAGACUAAGGGGUCACAACUCAUCGUGUGAAUGCAGUCCGGAAGUGGCACUGAAAAUCCAGUUUUUGCGACUUGUCCAUAGUUUCUGUGAUCAUUCAGAUUACAAGCACCUGCUGUUAUCAAAAAGCGAACUCAACGAGGUUAAAAAAAUAAAUUUACGAGCUGGGGGGCUGGCAUUGCAAAGUCUUGACAAUAUCAACAAGCAACUCAUGUGCAAGGGGUCGCGGGGGCUUCUCACCAAGAUUGUGGAAGUGAUGAAGAAGGAGCCGACCACCUCGACCUUCAGGUUAUGGUUCUGGCUCGCCCGAGCUGUGGAGAGUUACCUCAGGGGGGACACGUCCUACUGUGAUCAGAUCUUCCUCAUGCGCCGCGGACUCCUCACCCAUGUUGCAAGUAACAUUGUGGAGAAUGAGAUUCGCCACAAGGAGAUUCUACAGAGCAGCUUUGACUUGCUUGGGGAACUGAUCAAGUUCAACAUCGAGGCCUUCAAAGCGUUUGAUGCCAUCCUUACGACGGAGCAGAAGUUUGAAAAGUUUGUCACCAUGGUGAACCGCAGUCUGGUGGACUCCAACAUGUUUAUCCGCAGCCUUGUUUUGUCAUUGGAACAUUUCCGCUCUGAGGGCUCGGAGAAAGCCUUGACUCUACUGGUUCCAGAGGGUGAGAAAGGUGAAAAGAAAGAGAGCAAGCUGGUGAACUACAUCGGAGACUUUUCGCGACAGCUGGAUUACCUGUACAAGCUAAUCAACAUCAUCAGCGUGCAGAACCUGACUCAGGAGAACGUGAGCUGCCUGAACACCACCUUGGUCUUCCUCAUGUUCGCCAACAAGCGGAGCCAGCUGCCGCGCUACCUCCAGGCGCUCAAAGACGAGCAGGAUGAUGCUCUGGAAAACGUCAAUGGCUCCUCCAGCGUUCUGCAGAACUUCAGAGACUUGUUAAUAUUUUGGCAAGAUCAUUAUCUACAUAAAGACAAAGACUGCAGUGCCUUGGAAAAGAGUUCAAAGAUCAGUUUUGCCUACUGGAAGACUACAGUGUCCAUGCUUGUGUCAGAGGACAAUUCCCUGCCUACUUCCGUGUCUUUCUACAUCAACCCUAUGCCCAGUGACAGGACCAACUGACCCCCCCCCCCCCCCCCGUAUCUCUCGGUUGUCCCCAAAUUGUGCAUGAAUUCUGCCAUAUGUUCGAAAUGAAGUGAAGGAGGAAGUGUUGACUGAUUUCUCCUACAAAGAAAUAUGAUUUACCGUCGUUCUUCUUCACUCAGGUGGAUAUUUAUUUUUUUGCAUCAGCUCUUUGUGUGGUCUCUCCAUUCGACUGCUGUGCAGUUGAUAAGAUGCAUCUGACACUUUGGCUUGAUUCUUCUGUUGUAGACAUCACAUUUCUCAUUUCUACGGACAUUUUUAACGCUUUUCUGUUUCACCCUGUUGUUUCAGAUUAAUGUUGCCUUUUCAUGCAGCUUUUUACUUUUGGACUUGAGGAUGAAGACUCUGGCCUUGUUUACUGCGACAGGGGGAUUAUGUGUUGGCAGACAUUCUCAUAAUUUUAUACAGACUUUUUUUUUUAAUCAUGUGGGUAUCAUUACUGCUUACAUUUGUUAUUUUACUUAAAGAGAACUGUAUACCUCAUCAAUGCAAUCUGUUCUCUUUGUGUGCGCUCCUGCCUGCUUGGGACCUGGCCGUUGUUCUGGAGAGGUAUUUUCAAUGUUGAUAGGUUUAUUGAAGCACAGGGUUUGGGCUGCCGUGUACGUGUCAUUGCCUCUCUGAAACAUGCAAUGCACUGUUUUAUACGGAGAUUUGACCAGCUGGAAGUUCACUUGAGGUUCUGCUGCAUGUUCAGAUACUCAGGGAAGUCAUUUUACUUUUGAUGUAAAAUGUCCGACGGAAACAACGCUUCUAAUAUGGAUUUAAAAAAAUAUUUUGUGCAGGAAUAAUGAUACUAUGCGUAGUGACCUUUUUAAUACAUAUUGCUUUAGGGUUAGCACAUUUUGCCACAAAAUCCAAAGUUUUGUGCUGAACAUUUCAUACAUUGUAAGUCUGAAAUGAAAGACGAAGCUGUGUGGUUAGGAAACAGCGCCUGCAUCUUAACUCUCAACAGUUUUUUCCUCUUGAAAAUGGAACAAAAAUGUAUAAUGGUUUUUGGGGACUAUGAAUCUUGUAGUUUUAUCAAACUUACCCGUUUUGAUGCUUCUUCUUAAAGUUUAGACGUGAUUUUGGUUAGUAAAUUAAAAUGGGGGGGGGGGGGGGGGUUGUUUUCUUAUAUGGAAAUCAGCGUCGUUUUUUGCCAAAAUUACUUCCCCCUGAAUUCCUUUUUUUAUCAACAAAGAUUAAUCCAAAGCCUAAGAAUUCACCUUUUAGUUAUGAAGAGUCAUCAAACUAAUACAGCUGCAUGUCUUGAAUAGUGAUGCUUUGGAAACCUUUGUGGGUUAAAUAUGUAAAUGAGUUGAGUGGAAUCUAUGAUUUUUGUUAAAUAACAACCCCCCACAGUAUCUGCUUCUUAAUGGUAAAACAAGUCAUAAAAGUGGACAUAUUUAUCAGAUUCUCUAUGUUAUGACAACAAUUUGCUUUUGAAAUGUGGACCAGUAGAUUAUUCCCCCAGUAUAGCUGUCAGCUCUACCAGUUGGUUUAAGAUUGCUCAAAACUGGAUAUCUACAGACACCCAAUAAGUAGGUCAACAAGUAAAUUAGACAUCACAUGCACAUGAUUAUUGUCUCAAAUCAAAGUGUUUUCAAUAACCUGUUCUAGUGAUGUAUAACACUUGUUGAAUUGACCAUUUCAAGAAUUUGUGAGACUUUUUUUUUCUUUCAUUUUCUAUAAUUGGCCAAAACCCAUUAACAGUUGAGAGUUAAAAAUGGUAGGCUGUAUGUUUUACUAACGAGGAAACUAAGCUUUUUUUCUUUCAUUGCAUUGACUCAGGGCCGAAACUCGCCAAUAAUGGUAUUUGUUGGCCACUGGCAGGACAGUUAUGAAACUAUUUCAUGUAGUGUUCUUGUUUAUUUCAUCUUGUGCUGUGCUCUGGACUCGUUAGCCGUUGUAAAUUUAUCUGAUCCGUGUUUCUGUCCCAUGAUACGUGUACAAAUGCAGUGUGUUACUACUAUAUAGUGAGUUGUCCAUCUCAAUGAGCUGAUAUCGUCUUAUUUAGAGCAUUUUUCCAUUUUCAAAUAAUCCCAGCAUUAGUGAACUACGAGAAAUUGGGAAGAUUGCCUGGUCCAUUUCUGUUUUCAUUUUCAAUUACAUGUACACAUGAUUUUACUUCCUAUAUUUACCUUUAAACAAGGACUGUAAACAAACAAGAUGUUUUAAAUUCCUUUCCUUUUAGUAAACAUACUUUCCUUUGAAAAGACUUCUGGUAGGUCCUUUUGAUAGUGCUCCUCAGUUCUCAUUUGAGAGAUUAAAUUUAUCCUCUCUUAGCUGAAUAUUUAUGUCAUGUGCUUGUUUGUGGACUGAAAUAUAGACGCUGUGGAAAAAUUUUACCAUACACACAUUUUUACUGUUUGCUUUACACUUUGCUAUUUAAUUACAAAUGAUAAGGUUAUUGUGGGAAAUGGUGUAUUGUUAAUAACAUUUAAUGUCUUCAUUGAAACAUUGUAGCUAAAGCUGAUGUGCGGAAGCAUACUUUUUAAAUGUCUGAAAUUUGUAAAUUUGUUGAAUGCUUUAAAGGUGAUGAUGAAGAAUGAUUUCUGUGGUGGAAAUUGCAGUCUGCAUUCUCCAAAUUUCAGUCAUUUUGAAAGAUGCAAUUUUUUUAUCAAAAUUGUAGGAUAUCUAUAUAUCUUAUGAAGUGGGUUCAUUAGUGACUUACAAAGUUCGAAAGAGCUAGUGUCGGUGAGCCUGUUAAAACUCCCGGCUUUUAUGUAUCACUUUUAUGGCGCUUCAGAAAAAGCAUUUUUAUGAAGUCAGGGUUCCUUUUAUUCGGUUGUACAAAAAUGAGCAGAAAAUCAAGCAGCUGCCUCCAGUGCUCAGCGAGUUCUGAUACAAUCCUGUACAAAAAGAAAAGCUGAAUGAUACAGGAUUUUGGCUAAAACAUGUACACAAGUUUGUGUCUUCACAACACUCACUGGUUGCUGUUUACAGCAGCUUGGGCAGAGUAAAGGAAUGCUGGCAGAGAAGUGAAGUGCAAUAUUUUAUUUCUGUUUGCUUGUGGGGUGGGGGGAGGGGGUUGGUGGAGUGGGUGUUGGUGGCAAGAAGGCAUUUUCAUAUUAUGAGAAAUCUCAGCUGGAUCUCAGAAUGCCUUCUAUUUGUCUUUUGUAUCUAUUUAAUGGAUGUGCCAGAACCAGAUUUUCAGCACCAGUUCUCUAGUAUUGUGACGAGGUGUUUGUAUGGUCCUUGCACUGCUCGCCAGCCAUAUCAUUUGUUCAUAACUGGGGCACCGGCACUUGACUGAAGACUUCUAUUAUGUAAAGAGUUGUUCUCAUUGUUGAUAAGGUAUAUGGGGAAGUUAAGUUUGGCCAUGUGAUUAUUCUAAACUUUUUUUGUUUGUCAAGCUCAUAUGUGGGAAUGUGUGGAGGCAUAAUACAGCAUACACAUUUCUGCAGGGAUGCUUACUGAAAAGUCAAAUUUUCAGUGGGUUUUGGGGCAAGCUGAGAAGCUCAUGAAUGGAUCGAGAAAGCUGCACGCUUUGCUCUGUGCUGAAUUGUACUUGUGGAAUAUGUUGUGUACACUGAGACUUAUUUAUGUUCCCUUUUGUGGGCUGAGGGAAAGAAAAAUCACGAACACAUGCGUGCAGGCUGCUUCAUAUUCACAUUGUGAGUUUGGUAGUCGUCUUGGUUGUCUUUGUGAUUUCUUUUUUCUUUUGUUACAAUUUUUGCGGACAAGCUUUCUCUGGCUGAUGGCCGGUUCUCAGUCAUAUGUUUUAUUGAGGACCAUUCAUAAUGUACUAUAAUAACUAUUUUCAUUUUUCAUAUUUUGACUGGUUUUAUGUUAUUGUCAUGAUUACACUUUUGAAUGUGUGUGUCAGUGUAUUUGUUCAUGAAUAAGUGAGUUGUGGGUGUCUGACUAUUUCCAGGCAUAAACUAAGGAGAAAAACAAAAAGAAAUAAAGAUUCACUCGCUCAUAUUUUACAUUUGAAGGGAGACUUGAAAGAAAAAGUAUUUUUAUCUAUUCAACUACAGCCAAACAUAGAAAGGGUUAGUGAGUUUUGUUGACUGAUUUCUUUUUCUAACCUGACGCUUGAGUAUUGAAGUUGCACAAGGUUAACGGCUUUUCUUUGUGCCAGGAGGUAAUUGUAUAAUCUCCCUAGCUGCCCAAGUUUAGCCUGUUCUGAAACGUUACCUCCUGUGCUCCACUCAGUAGUGAAAGAGUCUUUCAAGUUGAGCUUGUGAACUUCUCUUUUUUAGAAACUGCUUGAUUUACCAUUUCAACCUAAGGGAGCUGUCCUUAUACAAGCCCUGAAUCUUGCUUUCAUGUGACCGUAUGCAGUUGCGAGCACCGUAAUACCUCUACUAAAACUAAAAAUCCCUGAAUCCUUAGAACAAAGAAAUUAAUCACCUAAAGAUACCACAUGUAUCCUGUUUAAAAUUGAGAUCAUUUCACGGGCUGAGUUAUCAUAUAUUUUCGAUGUUUUCUUAAAUUUUUCAAAGUUUCAACACCCAUUGCACCUUCCAUUUUAUCAUUUUUUAAGAAAAGUUCACCCACGCACUAUUUCUGGAUCGAUGUCUGCCAUUUCAAAACUGGAAGAAUGAAGAGCAACUCUAUACUUUGACUUAAUGUAGCCUCAUUUUAUAUCUAAUGGGACUUCUUGUCUAGAAAUUAUAGAAAUGCAUACCAAUGGUAGGAGCGGGGGGGGGGGGGGGGGG